AUGGCGAAGACAAAAGUUACUCCAGGGCAAUGUCGUAGGUGCCCCAUGUGUACCUACAUGGCAAGAUCCGAAGAGGAUUACAAAAGUCAUGUUAUACAGUGUGCUAUGAGAACAUUUAAGUGCACCUUUUGCAGCUACUCAAGCAAUAAGCAGAUAAAUGUCAAGAGACAUGAAAAAAGAUGCCAUCUUGGCCUGAUUGAGGAACCCAUCAAGCUUGAUGGCAAGCCCGAGAAGAGUGGAGAGUCGAGUAGGAGUAAAAGUGCGGAAGAUGCUGAACUGUCAGAAGAGGAUUGGCUCAAACAAGAUUAUGGGGACAUCAUUGGUACUCUGUCCACUGACAGUAGUGAUGAGGAAGAGUCGAAAGAUUCUCAACCACAGAAAGAGGAAAGGGUCACUAAUGAUCAGCUGCUGGAGGGUAGAGUCAUAAGGAAACAGACAGCACCCACUAGACCUCACAUUCCUAAGGUUAAGAUUCCUCAAUCCACCAGUGCACCAGAAGUUGAAGACACACAGGACUCAAGAUGUGACAGUUGUAAGAGGAAGAUAUCCAUGGUGGACAUCGGAAUCCAGACAGAUGCUGGUCUGAAGACUAUUGUGACCAGGCGGGUUAAGAGAUUUCGUGAGGGUGACAUUGACAUUGAAGAAGUGGUUGAGGAGAAGACAGAAUUCUGUUGA